ACGGGCUUUCGUAAGGGUUCUAAUUUGGGGUGAAGAACAAGAUUUCCCCCUGUGUGCUGGCAGGAGGGUGGAGUUUAAUGCCUCUCUUUCCUAACCAACUACCGGACACUCCGCCUCUCUGCCCCCGGACACCGAGCUUCCGUUGCCGGAUUCCAGGGUCAGACACUCGGCGGCGGCUCCGCCACACAGUCUGCUGGACCUGGACGAACUUCGUGUGACUGCAGCGACACUUUAAAGUAAAGAGGCUCGGUACCGCCACGUUAGCGAAGACUGCUUUGUGUUCUUUCCGGGAAGUUUCCUUUCUUUGAACAUCUGUACACCUCUGGCUUCAGGCUCGCGCUCCGACACAACAAAAAAAAAAGAAAAAGUGGAAAAGUGAGUCGUCAGCGCCUCAGUCAGACUGAGUCACACACAGUUUAAAAGUUUUACCGAAGGACUAAUGACUUCUUUCUUUGUGUCGACUGCCUGUUCCGCUUUAGACUGACUCACUGGCAGACACACACUCAUCCACCCAGACAGCUGCUCGUCUCUCUCCGUGUCUGCCGGGCCCCGAGGCUGGAGAAGCAGCCGAGCCGGGCCGCAGCUUUCCGCAGUUUUCCGGCUCCUGUCAGGUGUAAGGCGUGGCGCUGGGCGUGGAGGAGGGGGGCUUUGUUCCAACCACACCUGAGAGAGAGAGAUAUCUGUAACCCGAGAGCAGGGCUGAGCUGGAGCCUGCCCGGGUUGAGGAACUGAUAGCGGUUUAUUUGCCUCAGAUGAAAAUAUCUGCCACUGGUCUGGUUUGUCCCCGGUCACGCGGACCCGAAAUGGACCGUAAUGACAGAUCGCACUUCUUCCAUGUUUGAACCCCCGGACGGACGAGUGGAAAGUGGGUCAGAGUGGUUUCAGUGUUUAACUAUUUACUGACCGGCGGGUUUACUGGGGGUCAUGGCGCUAUCUCAGGUCCAGUGUCUAGACGAUCACCACGUCAACUGGCGCGUGAGCGAGAGCAAACCGGAGUUUUUCUACAGCGAGGACCAACGGCUGGCCCUCGAGGCACUCAUCGUCGAGGGCCGCGACGCGUUCACGGAAUACAUCAGCAAGCAUGGCGUCCGGGAGUUCCUCUCGGAACCGGAGUUGGAGCGGAUUGUACACACGGCGGAAGCAUACAGGCCCGGCUACGAGCAUCUCCAGAAACCCGGGACGCCAGGGCCAGGAAACACAACUCCGGGGCCCUGGGAAGAGACCGGAGACGAUGAGGUGUCUCUCGAGUACUGGCCGGACCGGUCUGAGGGCUCCGUGGCAGAGCUGGACCUAGGCUGGCCCGAGGCCAUCUCAUACCGAGGGGUCACGCGCGUGACCGUGCACACACAGCCUCCAACCGAGGGGCACACGCACAUCAAGGAAGUGGUGCGGAAGAGCAUUGCGUCAGCCCAGAAGGUGAUAGCUGUGGUGAUGGAUGUGUUUACAGAUGUGGAUAUCUUUCGAGACCUGAUGGAUGCGGCCUACAAACGCAAGAUUCCUGUGUACAUAAUCAUCGACAUGGCUGCGGUGCCCUGCUUUCUUUCCAUGUGUGGCAGAGCUGAUAUGCACCGUGGACACCUAAAGAACCUGCGCGUACGCUGUUGUGGAGGCGUGGAGUUCUUUACGCGAUCGGCACAGAAGGUGCGUGGAUCUCUGAGCCAGAAGUUUCUUCUGGUAGAUGGAGACAGAGCCAUCUCUGGCUCCUACAGUUUUACCUGGUCCUCGUCUCGUUUGGACCGUAACCUCAUCACUGUGAUCACAGGACAGGCAGUGGAGACCUUUGACCUCCAGUUUCGGGAGCUUUACCUCACGUCCAGAGGCGUGUCACUCAACAAGGUUCCUAUGACAGACGAGCCGGUACCUGACCCUCUCCCUCAGGCGGCUCCUGCACCUGUGCCGGCUUCUGUUGCCAGGAAGCUCAUCAACCCCAAAUACGCUCUUGUCACCACGGGGACCCACAUAAGUCCCACUUCAUCUGACCAGAACUCCAGCAACAAGAACUCAAACUCCCAGAAUCCCACUGGGCUAAAGAUGAUGAAAGCACGGCUGAAGGGCGUUAUUGAAGAGCCACCCAUACAUCCAGGAUUAGCCAAUCUGGAGAAAGCAUACCUGAUUCCGUACCUGCCCACCUGGCCUGAGCCAGACCCACCAAGUGACGUGAUUGGCUUUAUCAACAUCAGGGAUGAUAAGCGGGCCAAUCAGGUUCACUUGCAGAGGUCGGAGAGGUUUGAGGUUAGUCAGGCUAUACGCUUCAGCUCACCAUUUUCACAGCCAGCACAGACUGAGCAGCCUGCUUCACAUCCUGCAAAAGCUGCAGGAUCAGCUGACACCCCCUCUGCAAAUACAAGCCUGAAGCCUUCGACUCCUGUGAGUCCAACUAACAAACAGCUCCCAUCCCCCGCAGCUCCCAACACAGACCAAACUGAUUCCCCUAAACAGCCCAACACACCCCCAGCACAGGAUGCACACACACCAGCUGCACAGACUUCCACUUCACCACCUAGUGUUACUGCUGAUUCACAGCCAACAGAAAAUGCUGCAGAACCUCCACAGACACAACCUGUAGCACCUCCUGUUCCUAAACGCCGCACCCUGCAGCUGCUCAUAGAACCUGCCUCCUCAGAGAAACCUGGUGAAGCGCAGGUCACUCUGGUAAAAAUGGACCAGCUGGAGAGUCUAGAAGGCUCAUUUAAGAAAAAGAGACCCCAGAAAGAGGUGACCCUGAUACGUGGCCGCUUAACGUCAAAGGACAAUGACCAGGACUCUGGGAGCAACGAUAAUGACAGCCAAGACAGCACCAAGGUCAACUGUGACCGAGCGGUCAAUGACGAACCCUCGAGUAACUCCACAGCAUCGGAUGAGGAGUUUUACGAUUGCACGCAGCCAGAGCCCAAUAACCAGCUAACCAAUGGAGUGACAACAGGGUCCGGCCGAGGACAACGCCAAGGAGACGGUUUCAACAUGAUGGCCCGCUUCUCACAGAGCAUGCUGGACUUGCGAGAGCCCAACCAAUCAGAGGACAGUGCUGCUCUCAUCUGCCAAUCACAGCAGCUGCGCAGACAGGAGCACCUCUCCCCACACAGGCACAUAGGACAGUUGUUUCAGACCUCUAGAUCUCCGGGUCGUGAUGCAAGAGCGAGAGGACCAACAGUAGUUAUCGCCAAACCAGGAAGUUAUCAUCGGCCCACCCGAGCAGCUGGCCCAGUGAUAGGAGGUUACCGCUACUGGCAGGGCCAAAUGCUCCAGCCUGACUCGGCCCAGCUGCGCGUAGAGACCCGCUCCGGGCGGUCACCGAGACGACACAGUCCCGGCUACAAGAAGGAAGCCCACACGUCACCACAGCCACCAGCCAACCAGACGGGAUUACUUGGAGUUUCUUUCUCAAAAAUUAACACUUUUAAACACUUAAGAGCACGAGGAGGAGCACCGCAGAAGAAAGCACCUCAGAAUAAUAAGCCUGUCAGGUAGAUCUGUGGGCCGGUCAGGGAACGUGAGGACAUUAAUGCUUCAUUGUGGGAUGUGUUGUUUUUUUGUUUUGUUUUUAAUCCUCUUUUUGUUUGGAAACUGCGACGCAAAGCUUACAAGAUCUGCUUUACUCUGAUAUCUCUGGGUGGUUUCAAAUGAGUGACUGACCAAAAAGAAAGUUUGCUGACGUGUUUGUGCGGAAAUAAACUCUGAUAAUAACAUAUCAGGUGUUUGUGUUUACAACAUGCAAAACAAGAUAGCAUGCACUCUUGCAACUGAUUUAUGAGUGAUCUGUUUUUUUUUUAAGAUAUGGUACUGUGUUUGGUCAGCUGUGAUUCUCUUCAGCCAACCCAUGUCACGCACCGUGCAGUGUAUCUGUGACAUGCAGGCUCUAGGCUCUAGUGUUGAUAUCAUGGGGACUGGUUGCUGAUGGUGAGAGGGUGUUGCUUUGAAAUCACUGGCAGACUUCCCUGAUUACCUUUGCAGAUGUAUGAACAUGUGUGAAAAACAUGGGACCAGAAGUUGUAAUGUUGUAAAUAAAAAGACAGUUAAAUUUG